AUGUGUAUAACGGAUAUCUCAACUGCUGCAAAGGUAAAAAAGGUUUUGAGGAGCGGCGCAUCAAUGAAGAGAAGUUUGCCUUUUGAGUUUGUGCGGUCACGGAUGCGAUAAUGAAGCAGAAUUAAGGAGAUAACAAAUUUACAGUGUUUUUGCGGCUAAUUAGUGAUUGCAUAAUGGAUGGAUGGAAGUACCUCAGAAAAGAGGAUAAGUAAAUUAAGCAGCCGGUAUAUAAAUCGACCAUUUCUGAGGGAUAUAGACAAGCAGUGUUUGGUCUGCAAAAGUGAGUUGCCUUCUUAGAGAUUCUUGCUGUUCUUCGCUUGGUAUUACUACCGUAUUUUCUCUAUUUAAAUUUAUUAUUUUCAGAAUGAAACUCUUCUUCUUCCUCGCUCUCUUUGUCGCUUCGGCUUCGGCAUUCCUGUUCCCUCCAGCUCCAGCUGCCGGAGGCUGUUGUCCUCCUCCUCCUCCGCCAUGUUGUCCACCACCUCCCCCUCCACCACCACCUCCACCACCAUGCGGCUGUGGAGGAAAAUAGAUGGCUUGUAUAAAGAAGAAUGUUAGGUUCAUAGCAUGGAUGCUUUUUAGAUCAAACUAAUUGUUUGUAGUAUAUCGUGGUGUAGUAAUAAAGCGGUGGCGGUUCAAGCGUUAUAUUGAUUCGACUCAUAUACAUUGGUAGACUAACAGAUGAAACAGUGGGUCUAAAUUCUUGAAACACAACGUAUUGUGAGUAUGUAGUAACAAAUAAAUCCUUUGCAUACGCAUGACCAUCAAAGAAUUUUUUUAGCGCACGGGUCUAGUUUUAAGCCUCAAAGUUCGUUGAUGUUUUUUUGCAUUCUUUUGUCGACUCGUCACUCCAUCUUUUCAACAAUUGCACUAUUCCUAUAAACAACAAAUGUCGCAAUCUUCAAACUGCGCGAAAUGAACGGAGUAAUCUUCUAAAGUGACUUGAAUUCGUCAGGUCUGGCGUUGCGACCUGCUUCCCAAGUUUUCACGCCUUUGGUUAUGAACGCCCAUUAGCUUCUGGAAAAAAAUGCAAAGGACAACAGAAGAGGAGAGACGGAGGGAUUUGGGACAUUUCAACUCGGUAUAAAUAUCCGAGACUUGAGGAAGGUCUUCAAGACAUUCGUGUUUUCCACAAGUAAGUCGAUUCAUUAGUUAGCUUGCUAGAAGUGGGUCUUCUGGGAUUGUAAACUUUGGGAUGAGGAAAUUUACAACCUCUUAACAACGAGUUUGCAGGCUACAUUUGCUGGGAAUCCCCUCGUUAUAGCUUAGGAAUUCAGCGAAUCCCGUUUUGAGAAGUUACAAGUCUUUCGCUAAAGUUUUACUGUUUUAUGGAGUAAAAUUGCUCUAGAUGCAGACUCUUUAUAAGACACUGAGCUAGCAGUACAAUUUAUGCAUAUUUGAAAAUUUCUCCUGUAAAUAUCAUUGCUUUUCCAGAAUGAGAAUCUUCUUCGUGCUCGCCCUCUUCAUCGGAGCCGCUUCGGCCUUCUUGUUCCCAUCUGCCGGAGGCGGUGGCGGCUGCUGUGCCCCUCCACCACCAAGCUGUGGAUGUGCUCCUCCACCACCCCCACCACCUCCACCACCACCACCACCAAGCUGCGGAUGUGCCCCACCACCAUCCCCAUGCGGCUGCGGAGGAAAGUAA